AUGUACGGUGUUUACUUGGGUUUGGGAGCGCUUGCUCUCAGUUCCGUCAAUGCCUGGAAAUACCCCGACUGCGAGAUGGAUAAUUGCUACAGGAACAUGAUUGAUACCCGCUUCACUGCUGAAGCCGGUCCAUUCUGCCUGGAUUUCAUUUCAGGCACAACCACCGCCGCAGCCGCGAUUCCAACAGACUUUAGUAAUUGUGCCGGCGAUAUCACGGCUGUCAGCUCAGCUUGUUCUUGCAUCGCAUAUACCCUGACCCAUGAAAGCUCGCCGACGAAGACUCCCUGCACCACAUCUUCGACCCCGACUGAAACUCCCGUGAGCACUCCAUGUACUACGUCUACGACUCCGUCAAAGACCCACACGAGUACCCCAUGUACCACGUCCUCUAUCCCGGUAGAAACCUCCACGAGUACCCCGUCAGAAACCCACACGAGUACUCCCUGCACCACUUCCACCCCCUUGUCGGAAACCUCCACGAGUACUCCAUGUACCACGUCCUCUAUCCCG